CAGAAGGGCCGCAGUAGUAUCAGGAUCAGCUGUAAACAUCGAUUUCGCGGCUGCCAGCCGAGGCCCUCUUGCCUCAGCUCGCACUACUUUACUGUUCGUGUUUGACGACCUUCGGGAGUACAGCGGGACGCAUGAGGUAUCAUGGUGAAUAUAGAAGAGAAACACUGCAGUGCAAAGGAGACAGGGGAGAUGGCAAGUGAAGCAAUGCAGAGAGAGCACUGCAUACACCCUCUCUCAGGCCAUGUGGUUACAAUGACAGCAAUGAAUUGUGAAUUGGUGUGGCAGGGGUGGACAGGAGGCGUUAGCCUCCGGCCCCAAGCCCGCCUGGAUUCGAAAUGGUUGAAGUCUGACCUGCAGAGCCUUCUGCAGCCAGACAAUUUGCCAUCACUUUAUAAUCAGAUGGUGAAAGAUGGAGAAGUUGUCGGGCCUCAUGUUGAGGGAAUCCUUAAUUCUGCUGGAGCCACUGCUAGAAAAGGUGAGAGUGGGCACUACUACUGUAGUAUGAGGGUGCUUACUUGCCCUUGCUGUGAUGGUAUCUGUGGGCCUCAGAGUGGGUGCAACUGUGGGCCUUGCCAGAAGCUGGAUAGGGAGGAAGCUGAACGGGAGUUUGAAAGUGGUCAAAGCUCCACACCACCAUCAUAUUCACUUCUGGAAGGGUGGCGGUGGGGUCCUCAGCCACAGGAAAAUGAUUUGAGGAAGUGCCUUGAUGCCCUUGUGAGGGAACAGCGCUUGAUGUGUUUGGAUGCUGCUUCCACUACCCUUUCUGCCAGUCGGCUGCAGCAACGCUUCAUUGUGGCUCAUAGGUACCUUGUUGCUCUAAAACGAGCCAGACCACCAGAGGUAAAGCCAGGUGAGACUACUAGUAAAAAGAAAAUUCAGUCCAGCAACAUAUGGGGAGAUGGUCGGGUUGGCAGAGGAACUGGAGCAGACCGUGCAACACUUGGCCUGGCUAGAGUAGGUUCUCGAGCUGCUCUGAAUUUUGCCUUUGCUUUCUUGAGAAGAGCCUGGAGGUCAGGAGAAGACUCAGAUCUUUGUACAGAGCUACUACAGGAAUCUCUGGAAGCUCUUGAAACACUACCUGAAGCCACACUGUUUGAUGAGUCUGCUGUGUCUUCUGUUUGGCUGGAUGUUGUAGAGCGGUCACAAAAGUUCCUCACAUCUGUAGUCCUCAGUCAAGUUCCUGGAGGAACAUGUGGGAGCAGCAUGACAAGAGUUCCUCUUGGAGAUCGUCACAUGGCCCUGUCCCUCCUCCUUCACUUGGCCUUACAGCGAGCCACUCUUUCCACCAUGCUGACUGUCAUCACGCUUUUGCUGCAGUUAUGGGACUCUGGGAGAAACCAGGUUGACAACCGUGUGAGCAGCCAUGGGACAAGUGCACCAUUGCUACCUAUAUUACACAGAUUUGGUGGUGUACAACCCCUCAAAGCACCCUCUUCAUCUCCAGUCUGGGAUGAUAAUUUACCAAUGGAGGUAAGCCCAACUGAAUGUCUGUUGCGGUACUUAGAGUUACCUGAGGAUGAAGGAGUAAGUGUGGAUUUGGAGCAGGCAGCUGUGAUAUUGUUAUGCCACUUGGACCGCCUGGCAGUCUCUCACAAUCCACCAUUGCACACACCCCAUGGCAGACCCACCCAGGGUCAAGAGGUGCUGUCAUGGGGAUGGCUGGCCUGGUCAGGAGUAUCUAGUCAUUCCCGUCCAUUAAACUACUGUGACACAUUAGCUGAGCUGGGUAUCAAGUCUUUGGCAUGUGCUGAGCGAUGCCUCCUCAUUCUCACACAGAAGGGCAACUUAUACACUCUUUAUUACAAUUCUGAGGCUCCAUGCCCUCAACUUGUCCCUGGACAGCCAGAGGAAGAGGUUGUGAAAGUGGCUGCCCAUCCAGAUGGCAAACACUAUUUGGCUCUCACUGCAGGUGGACAGGUUCAUUCAUGGGGCAACGGGGACGGUGGCCGCCUUGGUCAUGGAGACAGCAAUUCCCGAGAGGAACCAACAUUGGUGCAAGAACUGCAGGGCAAGACAGUAGUGUCUAUUGCCUGUGGGUCCACAUAUAGUGCUGCCAUUACCACCCAAGGAGAACUCUACACUUGGGGACGUGGAAACUAUGGACGAUUGGGUCAUGGCUCUUCAGACGACCACAGUGUACCCACUCUAGUUACUGCCCUCAAAGGAGAGCGUGUGCUUGAUGUGGCAUGUGGUAGUGGGGAUGCUCAAACCAUUGCUGUGACAGACCAGGGAAAUGUGUACUCUUGGGGUGAUGGAGACUAUGGCAAGCUGGGACGGGGUGGCUCAGAUGGGUCCAAGGUGCCACGGCUGGUAGACAAAUUACAGGGCCAAGAGAUUUGCCGUGUGUUUUGUGGAGCACAAUUCUCUCUGGCUUUAAGUAAGUCCGGUGCUUUAUUUACCUGGGGUAAAGGAGACAACCACCGCCUUGGCCAUAACAGUGAAGAGCAUGUCAGGUAUCCCAAGCAAAUCAAAGGGCUUACAGGCAAGAAAGUGAUAGAAGUGGGUGUUGGGUGCAUGCAUGUUGUUGUGUUGACGGAAGAAGGUGAGGUCCUGGUGUGGGGUCGCAAUGAUCAGGCUCAGCUGGGUGAUGCUCCACAUGUUGCUUUGGCUGAACCCACUCUCAUGUCAUCUCUACAUGGCAAGAACAUCAUUGGAAUUGCUUGUGGCCCAUCACAGACUUUUGCUUGGAGCACAAAGAUGUCAUGGUCAGUGUCCACCAGAAUACCAUAUGUGGUGGAAGUAUGUGAGGAGACGUUUGUAAAGAUGAAUGACUUACUAGAACGGGUGGGUGAGGGAUUAGCUGAGGACCGCAUUCCCUCCCAAGAACAAGAGUGUAUGGUUGUGGCUGGCCUUAACCUACUCCGGCUUCAGCUCCACUCAGCUGUGCAGAACCAUACAGAUGUGGAUUCUGUUGGUUUGCAUGUUGGUUCAUCACUUUUGGGCAGUCUCAAGCAGCGUGUUGUCAACCUAGCCAGCAGUUCUGGUGUCCUACCCACUAUACAGGUUGCUGCACAGGCUACACUGCAAACCGGAUGGUCGAUUUUGCUUCCCACUGCAGAGGAAAGAGCAAAGGCCCUUUCCUCUCUUCUUCCCAGUACAGGUUCUGACAUAUCCAGCAUGAGUUCAGGAAGGCGCUUUAUGAUCGACUUACUGGUGUCAAGCCUGAUGGCUGAUGGAGGGCUGGAAAUGGCUCUCACUGCUGCUAUCAAAUUUGAAGUUCAGGAAGCUGAAUGGACAGAAAAGAAUAAAGUAAUGCAUGGGAGCAGCAGUGGUACUGGUGGCAUAAAUACCAGCCCACGCAAAAACACCCGUGUAGAAGGUAGUGCUUCACGCCGUUCUUGUGAUAAUUCUCUCUCUGAGGAUCAAUCAGCUACUUUGCCUCUGCUCCAUCUAGUCCGCCAGUUGCUGAGGAAUGCUUCAACUCAGACACUCAUGAGGCUCCAGGCUAUUGCUCCAGACAACAUGUCCAUGAUAUCAUCUGGGGUCUUGGUGGAUGGCGAACGAGGAGGGCCUGUGCUUGGUGGGCAGGGAGAACUGUCUCCCUCAAUACAGCUGCUACUUAGAUUCCAGAGGCUCCUUGUCAGUCACUUGUUCCCUGUGGAGACAAAUGUCAGUCCCAGGCACAUCAUGCAAGAGAAUGAAGUGGAAGGAGCUGGUUGGCUGCUAAGGAAGUACUUGACUCUCUUAGUGGGUCAUGUCUCAGACACACUUUCUAUUGCUACCUCCCUGGCCACCAUCAACACACGCCUCACAGCACUCACAUGCACCAUUCUGCAACGAGAUAUUACAGGGUUGCUACUUGGAGAGCUGUUUGUGUCACUGUUGGUUGUGUGUGUGCAUAGCUCUAAUGUGGUGCUGUCCUGUGAUCUCAUCUCCCCCUUGUUGGCUCUCUUGGAACCUCUAGACCGCUUUAACCAGCUAGCACCUGGUGCUGACCGAGAAGAUACUGAGGACAUGGCUUGGCCCGGAAUUAUUGUGAAUACAAUUAAGCAGACAGAGGAGAUGCCAGUUAUACGCAAGGCAGACUUAGAAAAUCACAACAAGGAUGGUGGCCUCUGGAUUGUUGUCAAUGGGAAGGUUUAUGAUGUCCAGGAGUUCAGGUCAGCAGCACCAUGUGGAAGUGACAUCCUGCAGUAUUAUGCUGGCCAAGAUGCCACACAAGUCUGGGAAAUGGCCAAUCAUUCUGCCAGAGCUAAAGAAAUGAUGGCUAGCUACUUUGUGGGCAACUACAUGGACCCUGAGUUGGAGGUUGCACAGGUGUUGGAUGCCAGCACUUUGUCCUCACCUCUAGUUGAUACAGAAAGGGCUUUGGCUAUGCUUGUUGGGGUUUAUGCAAGCUGCCUUGUUCGAGGUCAGCCAGCAACACCCUGGGAAGUAGGCCACCAAAAAUGGAUUACAGCAGAAUUUAUGAUGGCAGGCUGUCAGACUGUGCAACCUCCUGAUCCUUACGAUGAAGAAAAAGGUGAAGCAAGGACUGGUUCAUCAGCAACAACUCCAGGCUCUGUCACCACUCCUGGGGAUGGUAGAAUACCUCGCCCUAUUGAUCCACUUGCACUCAAAAAAUCUAAACAAGGAUCAAACACUAGUCCUCAAGAUGAGAUUGAAAGCUAUUUUUCAAAUAUGGCAGACUAUUUUCUCUCUGCUUUGAUGGAUGGGAAGACUCAGGAUCCGUAUGUUCAGAUGUUCUUGUCGUUGUGCGACCGAGAGAUUCGUCACUCAGGACGGCAUUCUUUACACACCAACUUCUCCCUAGACCACCCAAUAGAGGAAGCUGGACGGCUUCUUUCAGCAACCUUACUGCGCCACACACACCUCACUCCACAACUCAUUGAGGUUCUGGAACAAGGCCUGGCUCUGAGCGCAGAAGACAGCCAUGGAUGGGAGUCAACUUUGGAAUUGCCUCGAGGUCUUCAAGAAUUGCUGCGUCAUGUCCAUAGCACUAAAUGGUUACUUAUUAGACGGCGCCAAGAACUGACUAGGUCCUACAAGGAAGUGUGUGCCCCAGUAAUGGAAAGAUGCAGGUUUGUAUUCUAUGAGGUGCGGCCAGCCAGCUGUGGGGAUGUGGAAGCUCUUGACAAAUUUGCAGUACGAGGUAUUUCUAGGUGGAGGAAGGUGACACAGCUGUUGCGUCUCCAUUCUAAUGACACAACAGCAACAACCCAAGAGAAAGAUGAGUUGCAGGAAAUGAAAGAAACAAAUGAGUCUACUGAGGACAUCAGUCCCAACACUAGUAAUAGUGAGGAGAAUGACAACCUCCAGGGUGGCUGUGAUGACGUGAGGAGUGGCCGUCUUGAUAAGCAGGAGGAUGCGUGUAAAGAUCUGCCAGAACCAUUGGAACUAAGCAACAGUGUAACUGACACCAGGGACAACAACAUAAAAGAGGAAGCAGACUUUGAUGCCUUGGAGAAGGAGCUUAAGAUUGUACCAGAUGGAAAGAAACAACAGGAAGGAAAGAAGGGAUCUGUCAGCCUUAAUCUUAAGAAGUCUCCAUCAUCCUCUGGAGCACCUCUCACUCCCUCCAGACCAUGCUCAUUGUUGACACCAACUGCUCCUCCACCAACAGCGAAGAUUGUAGAGUUGGCCUCCAAAGUGAUAGAGUUUGUUUGUUCUGAGGAAACAAUAAACAUUGAGGCUGUGAGAAAGGCUUUCUUCAGUCAGAUGGAAAGAGCAGAAAUGAGACUAAGAGGUACUGAGAUGUUUCUAGGGUUGGUGCAGAAGAAUAGUUUCCUUCCAUCAGUGAGGCUCACACUCAUGAAUGGAUGGCUUGGCUUAUUACCAUUUGCCCCCAAGAACAGCUUUGUGCUUCCAGACUGUCUUGAAAACAUCCAUCUAGUUCCUGUGUAUCAGCGGGCUGUGCUGAAAGCAGCCUGGGCUAGGCUGUGGGAGUGGGCUGUUGGAGAACUACGAGAACAUGUUUUGAAGGCUGAGCAGUUUUGUGUGGCAAGCCACUCCACUGGGCGUACAGCAAAGACCAAAGACAAUCCUUCUUACAAAGACUCAAACCUCAGUUGUCGUGAUCACAACACCCUUGCUUCUAUGCCACUUUCAAGAUUUCUUCUUGGUGUGGUGUGUUUGUCUACCCGGACUCAUAGUGGGGCUGAUCUCAGUCUUCUGGUUUCUGGUGGACUGCUGGCCCUUGUGCAAACUCUCCUCAGACUCAUUGGUCCAUCAGAGCCUUCAAGUGCUAGGAAUGAUGACAAAGAAGAACUUGUGGCCAUAUUUGAGGAAGCAGCAAAGAAGCCUCGCAUACCUCCUCCCCCUCUGUCAGGUCCAGAGUUGGCAGCUCUCAUGAAGGUUGGGACAAGAGUUGUGCGAGGGAUAGAUUGGAAGUGGGGUGAUCAAGAUGGACCACCACCAGGUGAGGGAACAGUUAUUGGAGAGCUUGGUGAGGAUGGCUGGAUCCGUGUCCAGUGGGACAACAGCUCCACUAACUCAUAUCGCAUGGGGAAGGAGGGCAAGUAUGAUCUCAAGUUGGUGGACCUUCCUUUACCUCCAGCACCUGAGAGUGAUUCUGACACUGAGGAAGAAGAAGCCUUGUGGUCCAUGCGGAAUCUUCUUCAAAACCGCCAGUCACGUCAGGUCUCCACUGUGACAGAAUCAAGCCUAAGUCGGAAGCACCCUAUCUUGGUACUUAGAGAUUCCUGUCUGCAGUUGCUUCGCUCACUCACCAUCUCUACAGGCCUCACUUCUCACACUAUGUCUCCUGCCAGUGUGCGAACAGUAGCUGCUCUUCUACAUUCCAUUCUACAGGCAGGAACAAGUCAGUCAGAGGAGUGUGAUGCCCUUUUGAAGGAGCAGCACAGCUCAUGGUGCACUCUUGGUCUUGUACGUUCAGUCAGCUGCUCUCCAGUGCUAUGCAGGAGUCUGGCCACACCUCCAUGGGUCAACUUACUGCUAAAUCUGGCACAAACCUACAUAGGACCAGCUUCUCUUUACCGCAGGAUCCUUGCCUUGCGACUACUAACAUCUGUGCUCCCUCACCGCAUUGAUGACCUGGAGGAGAGACAAGCAUUGUUGGAUCGCAUCUUUUCCCUUUUAGGCAACACCAUCCUCACAUGUGCCAAUGAUCCAGCUAUCUCAGCCACUAAUAAGAAAUCCCAUGGUAGCUGUGUUGCCAUCACAUCUACCCACUCCAGCACAGUUUCAGAGGCCAUUGUUUCUUUGGUGCGAACUCUUCAUGCUUUGCCAGUGUGGAAUAGUGUAAUCAAUGAAGCCAUUGUGGAGCGCUUGGGGUUGGUGGCUCAGCUGCUUUCUGAUCUCUCACAGUUUCAGUUUAAGGUUGAUGACUGCCACCCUGGUAGUCUGGCAUGUCAGGCCACAGGCAUUGCUGCCUCCUUGGCUAUCAUUGGAGGUAUUGAUGUGCGACCACGACUGGGUGGUGAGGUAGCACUUGAGGAAGGACUGCUUGGCACUAUUGCUCGCAUUGGACAGCACAAAGUGUAUGUGCAGCCACAUGAAGGUGGCCCAUUACUGCGCCUCAGCUUGGCUUCUGUUGUGCCAUCACCUAGCAAACGCUUUGCUGUUGAACGUAUGAGUGUGACAGCAGCAUGUGUUCAAGUAUGGGUCUCAUUGGUGGCGCUGGCAGGGGACUACUCUAGAAGCUUCCAUGUCUCGAGCCCCCUCACUCUCUCUCCUACACUACUAAGAAUACAACAGCUGCGAAUGCUUGUGAUGAAUGCGUGCCGUGCUCUACUAAGUCAUCAGUCCCUCUUGAGGCUGGUGUUGCUCCAGCACACAGCAGACAUUUCCACCUCUACCAGCAAUCUAGAGACUACAGCUGAUGAUACCAGUCAGGGCUCUGAGAUAUUAUUAAUUCAGAAAUUGAUUAUUGCCUCAACUCCACCCUCACCUGUUAAGGCUUCCUACACUAGAGAGCAGCUAGAGACUGCAGCCUUGGCUCUAUGUGAAAAUUUGACAGAAGAAAUAUCUCACCCAUCACCAAAUACUCCUUGCUCCAAUGAUGAUGUGUCCAGCCCCCAGAGUGAUCACUCACUUGGGGGUCCUACCUCAGUUGGAUUUCUGAACAAAGCCCAGACCACUCAGUCACGGCCAUCCCGCCCUGUACAGGCUCCCAGGGGCAAACGUACUCGAACUACCUCCCCUGCACCUUUAGUUCGCCAGCUGAUGGAGAUGGGAUUCUCAAGAAAGAGUGUAGAACAUGCUAUUAAAGCACUUGGAGGACAGGGUAGUGAGGUGUCACCAAGUCCUGAAUCUUUGGUGGUGUGGCUCAUCGAACACAGCGAUCUUGCCUUUUCUGAUUCUGACUCAGCACCAGAUGUGCUUGAUUCUGAUGCAGACUCCCUUACUGAUGAGUUUACUGAUGAACCCCCUUUGUUGGAGCAGUCUCCAGUUGUGGAAGUCUACCGAAAACGACUGGAGUUUACCAGUAAUGAUGAAUAUGCCAUGUAUGUGAGGGAUCACAUUGCACCAGGGAUGAUGGUACGCUGCUGCCGAACUUAUGAAGAAGUGUAUGAAGGGGAUGUGGGCCGUGUGGUGAGAGUCGACCGUGGCUCACUGCACAAUCUCAAUGUUCAGGUUGAUUGGCAUCGCAAAGGAGGCACCUACUGGGUACGCUAUAUUCACAUUGAGCUGUUGGAUCAGUCUCCACCUCCCCUUUCCUCUAACGGGCCCAUCCGUGUUGGAGACAAAGUGAGAGUGAAGAGCUCAGUAGUAACUCCGAAGUAUAAGUGGGGAUCUGUAAACCAUCGCAACAUUGGUGUGGUUACAAGUGUGAGCACCAAUGGUCAAGACCUCAUUGUGGAUUUCCCUCAGCAGCCUAACUGGCAGGGACUAGUGAGUGAGAUGGAGGUUGUCCCAUCCUGUCAUCUUAGUGUAACAUGUGAUGGUUGUGGAGUGUCACCUAUCACUGGAGCAAGAAUGAAAUGUAAAGUAUGUGAUAAUUUUGACUAUUGUGAGGAAUGUUAUCAGACCAAAAGAAGCCAUCGACACUUGUUCAACAGAAUAGCUGAACCAGGAAGUGCUGCUGUCUAUGCAGGCCCUCCAGGGCGUGGACGGUUCCGCAAAAAGGAAGGUAUGUUAGGAGGAUCAGAUGGCACAGUGGAGGACUGGCACCGUUGUGUACGAAAUCUUAGUGUGUCCUCCAGAGAAAAUUGGGCCCACAGACUCAUUGAUGGAACAGGGAGCUACUGGCAGAGCUGUGGACAAGAGGGAAAGCAUUGGAUCCGACUAGAGAUGCAACCCAACAUAGCAGUGGAGUGGCUACGGUUAUUGGUUGACCCUGCUGACAGUUCCUAUAUGCCCACCCAUCUAGUUGUGAGUGGAGGUGACUCCCUUGCCAAAAUGAAGGAGCUCAACAUGGUCAGAAUCACUCCAUCAGACACUUGGGUCACCUUACUGCGCAGCAUCAAGGAGUGCCUCAAGUACAUUGAAAUCAGCAUCAAACAGUGCAAGAGUGGAGGCAUAGACUGCCGAGUGCAUGGCUUGGCAGUAAUGGGAAAGAUUGUGGAUGACUUUGGUGAUCCAGCCUCAUCUGUUUCCUUUUUAGCUUCAGACAAUGAGGAUGUGGAGGAUGAAAUAACAGAUAUGUCCAGAAAGAGUCUGACCUCCAUCAUGAGUUUUGAAGGAGAACCCAAAGUGUUGGUGUGGGGUCUCAAUGAUAAAGACCAGUUAGGAGGCCUUAAAGGUUCCAAGGUGAAGAUGCCAGUGCUUUCUGAAACACUCAGCAGUCUUCGUCCUGUUCAUGUAGCUGGCGGCUCUAAAUCCCUCUUUGUGGUGUCUCAGGAGGGCAAGGUUUAUGCAUGUGGAGAAGGCACUGGUGGCAGGUUGGGACUUGGUCACUGCAGCAACAUCCCUGUUCCCAGACAAGUCACAGCCCUCAGCCAGUAUGUUGUUAAGAAGGUUGCUGUCCAUUCAGGGGGACGACAUGCCAUGGCCCUAACAGUUGAUGGCAAGGUUUUUUCAUGGGGAGAAGGUGAAGAUGGAAAACUCGGUCACGGGAACCGUAUGAGUUACGACAAACCCAAACUCAUAGAAUCUCUCAAGUCCAAGCGUAUCAGAGACAUUGCUUGUGGAAGCUCACACUCAGCAGCCAUUACUUCUAGUGGGGAGCUGUACUGCUGGGGUCUUGGAGAAUAUGGGCGCCUUGGCCUAGGGGACACCUCUACACAGCUCAAACCAAAGCUAGUGAAGGCUCUGUUUGGUCAAAGAGUAGUUCAGGUAGCAUGUGGCAGUCGAGACGCUCAGACGCUGGCCUUGACAUCUGAGGGGAUGGUUUACUCUUGGGGUGAUGGAGACUUUGGGAAGUUGGGGAGAGGAGGCUCAGAAGGCUGUGCACUACCUCAGAAUAUUGAACGUCUUAAUGGCCUAGGGGUGUGCCAGAUUGAGUGUGGUGCCCAGUUCUCUCUGACUCUCACCAAAAGUGGCCAGGUGUGGACAUGGGGCAAAGGAGACUACUUUCGGCUGGGACAUGGCACUGACCAGCACGUGAGACGGCCCACCUUAGUCGAAGGCCUCCGAGGCAAGAGGGUUAUUCAUGUAGCUGUAGGUGCCUUGCACUGCUUGGCUGUCACAGACACUGGCCAGGUGUAUGCUUGGGGCGAUAAUGACCAUGGACAACAGGGUAAUGGGACCACCAUUGUAAACCGCAGACCUGCACUGGUAUGCGGUCUUGAGGGAGUUAAAGUAGCUCGAGUGGCUUGUGGCUCUUCCCAUAGCGUAGCCUGGACAGCUCCAGAUCCUCCUCUACCAGCUGCAACUGAGCCUGUAAUGUUCACAACCACUAAGGACCCUCUGGGUGCCUAUGCACUAGGAGUGACAGAGCCUCUUGGAGGGGAUUGUGGAACAAGCCCAACCUCACCAAACAGUGGAUCUGGGACCCCCACCAGUCCCUCACUCUCUCGUGUAGUACUCACAUUGGAGUCUUCAGCAGCUCGUCAGACUGCAUUACAGCAUAUUCUUAAUGCUUUACAAGUUAUGUAUGCCCGAGAUUGUGUCAUUGCUGCUCUUGACACAUCUGCCUCAGCUCUCCCUCAAGCUAAGGAGGACUACCAAAACUGUGGUCCAGGAUCUAAGGAGGGAGGGCUACCUACCCCAGAGUCCUUAACAGAUGCCAUUGCUGAUUCCUCAUCAUCCCUUUCAAGUCCCAAUGGAGGAGAAAUAGCUGAAGGGGGUGGAGAAGCCCCAGCAUCUGUGCUUGAUGCUGCUGCUGUCCCUACAGCUUUGAGCUGUGGGACAAGUCCUGACAGUGAAGAGAGUGUUGUGCUACAACUUGCUUCAGUACCUUCUACUGGCUCCCUCUCUUCACGGGCUUCUCGUCUUUCCCAUUCUGCCAUGAGCAUCCUGGCAGCUACUCUCACCACCAAAGCUGAUGUGGUGCCUGAUGCUAUGGAUGGCCCUGAUGAUGGUAGUCUCAGUGGCCUUGAUGAAUUCACACGUCGGUUGGGUGAAGAUGAUGCCCGGGUGCUAGUGGACCUCCUCAAGCUGGCUGUGGCAGGCCGAGCAGGACCAAGAGCUUCUCCUGCCAUUACCAAAGUUCUGACAGGUCUUUCCCAAGAAAAUCCCAAUGUGGCUGGGAUGUUGACUGAGCUCUGUGUUACUGAAUUGGAGGAUGCAGCGUCUGACACAGAAGCUAUGCGCUCAGUCCCACAACCUGUGGUCCAGGAGAGUUCCCAUCCCUACACAGAUGAUGUCACACUUACUGGAGUUGUCAAGAUUCCAGGUGCGGAGGCUCUGCGGAUUGAGUUUGACCGUCAGUGUUCAACAGAGAGAAAGCAUGACCCUCUGACAAUUAUGGAUGGUGCUGGCAAGAUCAUCUGUACGCGGUCUGGCAGGGAGUGGUCAGACUGGUCCACGGAGGUUCGCAUUGCAGGUGAUGAGAUGCGAUGGAAAUUCACUAGUGAUGGCUCAGUGAAUGGGUGGGGAUGGCGGCUGACAGUGUUCCCACUUAUGCCAUGUGCAGCACCUCGAGACUUGCACAGUGAUCGCAGGUUACUGUCUCGCCCUCUGGUGGAUUUACCCAUGUGUCUACUGGAUCCCUUGUUGCCACUGUGCACACAAAGCACCAUUUUGUCCCGCCUAGCAGCCUCUCUAGCUCUCUGUGCUCAGCUGUCUUCUCUAGCUCCCAGUCAACGUAUGUGGGCUCUCAAGACUCUCCGAAAAAUAGUAACAACGGACAUUGGGUCUGGUCUCAAUAUCCGAGCACUUCUCUCAGCUUCUUACUCCUCCAGUUCUACUCCUGGUCCAUCCCGUUCUCUGUCUCCAGUACCUCAGUCUCUUCCUUGUGUGCCCAGUGGCUCCUCUGCUGUGCCACACUCCUUGGUGCCUCCUGCACCUCCAUCACUGAGAGGAAGUACUGAGAGCUUAGACUCUUCAGGAAGUUAUGCAAAGCCUGUAGAAGUUAAGGUUAUACAGGAGAUGCCCCUCAUAAGUCUGCUUAAAGGUCUACCAGAAGCUCUCCUCCGUCAAGCAGAGUAUGAAGAUCCUCUAGUGCGAGGAGGAAAGCAUCUGAUGCAUUCACAGUUUUUCAAGGUUCUGGUGGGACUGGCAUGUGACCUGGAGCUAGAUAAGGGCGUUGGUUCUGGUGAAGCUCACAAAUGGGCCUGGUUCAGGAGGUACUGCACCGCUUCCAGGGUUCUCAAGGCUCUCAUUGAACGUACUGUUUUGCCUCAGGGAUUUUGUGCAGAUGUACGUAAAAAACUGACUGAGAUGUUGGGCGAAGGAGAAGUGCUGACUCUUGAUCAUGAGCUACAUAAUGUGUUCCAACAUCAGCAUGAUGAACAACUCUUGCUGUGGUUUAGCAGGCGGCCAGAGGACUGGACAUUAUCUUGGGGUGGAAGUGGAAGCAUAUUUGGGUGGGGCCACAACCACCGUGGUCAAUUAGGAGGUGUAGAGGGAGCCAAGGUGAAGCUUCCAACACCUUGUGACACCCUGACAGCGCUAAGGCCUGUGCAACUCAUUGGAGGAGAACAAACACUUUUUGCUGUGACAGCAGAUGGCAAGGUUUAUGCAACUGGCUAUGGCGCAGGAGGUCGGCUAGGCAUCGGUGGUGUGGAAUCUGUCUCAACCCCAACACUCCUGGAGUCCAUUCAGCAUAUUGUGAUCCGUAAGGUUGCUGUCAACUCAGGAGGAAAGCAUUGUCUGGCAUUAACAGCUGAUGGAGAUGUGUACUCAUGGGGUGAAGGAGAUGAUGGCAAACUGGGCCAUGGCAAUAAAAGCCCUUAUGAUCGCCCACGUCUCAUUGAAACACUGCAGGGUAAAGGAGUAGUAGAAAUAGCAUGUGGUGGUGCCCACUCUGCUGCCAUCACCUCCUCUGGGGAAUUGUAUACAUGGGGAAAGGGGAGAUAUGGCCGGCUAGGUCAUGGCGACUCAGAGGAUCAAUUUAGACCCAAGUUAGUGGAAGCUCUGGUAGGAUACAGAGUGAUAGAUGUGGCCUGUGGCUCAGGUGAUGCUCAGACCCUGUGUAUAGUUGAUGAUGACAGUGUGUGGUCCUGGGGUGAUGGAGACUAUGGCAAGCUUGGACGAGGUGGCUCUGAUGGUUGCAAGGUGCCUAUGAGGAUUGAUGGCUUGGCAAAUCAAGGAAUCAUAAAGGUAGAGUGUGGUUCACAGUUCUCUGUGGCAUUGUCACGCUCAGGCACUGUCUUUACCUGGGGCAAAGGGGAUUACCAUCGAUUGGGUCAUGGCACUGAUGAUCAUGUGCGACGCCCACGCAAGGUCAUGGCACUACAGGGCAAACGGGUCAUCAGUAUUGCUACAGGCUCCCUUCACUGUGUGUGCUGCACUAGUGAGGGGGAAGUUUAUACUUGGGGUGACAAUGAUGAGGGCCAACUAGGAGACAGCACAACCAAUGCCAUCCAGCGGCCACGUUUAGUGAUGGCUCUUCAAGCCAAGAAGAUUAAUCGAGUAGCAUGUGGAUCAGCCCAUACACUGGCAUGGAGUACAAGUCGUGCAGUUAGCACAGGCAGACUACCUUCACAGGUGCCCAUCGAAUAUGAUCUGCUAAAAGAAGUCCCCUUGCCCACCCUCAGAAACAGAUUGGUUUUACUGCACCACUUCUCUGACUUAGUGUGUCAGAGCAUCUCCAUGUUUGAUCUGUGCAGCCCUCCUGAGGAUGAUGAAGGAGAGGCAGCAGUGGUGUCUCGAUUACGAGCCAUUUUGGUGUCCUCAGCAAAGGAAACUGCCUUCAAAAAGGUGAUCCAGGCUACCAUGGUGAGGGAUCGGCAACAUGGACCCAUUGUGGAGCUUAACCGCAUCAGCGUGAAGCGUUCCCGAUCUCGGGGCGGUCUAGCUGGAGCAGAUGGCAUGAAGUCUGUCUUUGGUCAAAUGGUGGCCAAGAUGUCUCUGCUGACUCCUGAUGCUCUCUUCCUUCCCCACAGAGUUUGGAAAGUGAAAUUUGUUGGAGAGAGUGUUGAUGACUGUGGUGGAGGCUACAGUGAGAGUGUUGCUGAAAUGUGUGAUGAACUCAUGAAUGGUUCCCUCCCACUGCUCAUUCCAACACCCAAUGGGCGAGAUGAAGCUGGUACCUCUCGAGACUGUUUCCUUCUCAACCCACAAUCAAACUCUUCUCAUCACAUGAACAUGUUCACAUUCCUUGGUGUACUGAUGGGUAUAGCCAUCCGCACUGGCAGCCCUCUGAGCCUCAACCUUGCUGAACCUGUGUGGAAGCAGCUUGCUGGGAUGGUCUUGACUCCUGCAGACAUAACAGAGGUUGAUCGCCAUUAUGUACCAGGUUUAAUGUGCAUCCAGCAAAUGGAGGGAGAUGAAAAAACUUUCAGUAGUCUUGAUCUUCCCUUUACCACUACCUCUGCUGCUGGGCAUGAUGUGCCUCUCUCUCCUCGUCACAACAGAAUCACCAUAACCAAUAGACAUGAAUAUGUCCGUUUGGCUCUUAAUUACAGACUUCAUGAAUUUGAUGCCCAAGUGACAGCAGUGAGGUGUGGUAUGGCACGCGUAAUUCCAGUUCCUCUGUUGUCACUCUUCACACCAUAUGAGCUGGAGACAAUGGUGUGCGGCUCACCCGACAUACCUUUAAACCUUUUGAAAAGUGUUGCAACAUACAAAGGAGUGGAAGCAACAGCAUCUCUAGUUCAGUGGUUCUGGGAAGUGAUGGAGGAGUUCAGUACUGCUGAGCGUUCUUUAUUCCUGAGGUUUGUGUGGGGUAGAACAAGGCUGCCUCGCACCAUUGCUGACUUCCGAGGACGAGACUUUGUAUUUCAGGUGUUGGACAAAUAUACACCUCCAGACCAUUUUCUACCAGAAUCAUACACAUGUUUCUUCUUGCUCAAGAUGCCACGGUAUUCAUGCAAGGCUGUGCUUCGAGAAAAGCUGAAAUAUGCAAUACACUUUUGCAAGAGCAUUGACACAGAUGAUUAUGCCAGAGUAGCCAUGACGGGAGCUGGAGUAGAAGAUAAUGUAUCCUCAGAGUCUGAUACAGAUGACUGGGACUCCAUUGGUAGUGAUGAGCCCAUGGCUGACUGUGUCUCUCUCUACUCUACAUGAUUUAUGUAAACAAGUCCUGCUCCAUCUUACACCUGGACAGGGCAUCACUGCUUUUUCUUGUAUUUACAUACAUUGAAUUAAUUGUAUGUACGUAUAAAGAUCCUCUUAUAAUCUAUAUACUAAAAUUUGUUGAAGGAUAGACAGAGAAUAUAUAUAUAUAUAUAUAUAUAUAUAUAUAUAUAUAUAUAUAUAUAUAUAUAUAUAUAUAUAUAUAUAUAUAUAUAUAUUAUAAAUGUGCUAUCAGUUUAUCUGUGUUAGUGACAUGCCAUUUCCAUUAUAUAUACAUUGUCAUCACAUAAUUCCAGUAAUAGUAAAAAGUUAAUCACAUUUCCAUCUUGCAUAACCUAGACAUUUUUCAAGUACAAGAGAUGACCACAUAAGAAAAAUUGAUGCAGAAGUACUGAAAGGAGAAGAGAAUGUAUUAGGAUAACGUAAAACAUGUGUUUGGCUGAGGAAUGGCUGAUGGCGGAAGUGUUUCUAAAUGUAGUGUAGAAGAAGGCUUGCAAGAUGCAGUGAUUGUCUAGUAGAAGACUAUAUGAUUACAGUAAAUCUAAAUGUCUUGUUUCCUCUUUUUCCUGUAUACUUACAUUUUAAAUGCCACCUAAGGUGUCUGAAAAGGAUACUAAUGGAUACAUGUUGAGUAAUUAAAACUAAUUAGAAGAAACAUGUCAUACAUUUUACUAAGUGUCAGUGCUGUAACUGAGAGGGAUUGAGCAGGAGGUCAGCCCUGGGCUGCACUUUUGGUUCAUUGUAUAACUGAAAUAAAUGUAAUUGACAUAA